AAACGUCGAAUAUUUAUUGUUCAUUGUUCUUUUCUUUGGGUUCUGGAAGUUUCACAUGAUAAGUUGCGUUGCCUUGCGCAACGAUUCAUCAGCUUGCUUGGGCCCGAAGCCUAAUUGGGUCGUCUCGUCUUUUACUUGCCACUGGUUUCUCGCAUUUUCUGUCACCCUUUCUUUCUGGCUCUGCUCCAAAGCCUCGAACAAACCAAAACGCCUAAAACCACCCUCCCUCUCUCCCCAUCUCUCUCCGUUUUCACCUUCAACUUUCUGGCACACACACCUUUCUCUCCAAAACUCGUUGACCCUUUUCAAUUCUCUCUCAGAAAUUAUCAAAUUUCAUCAACUUUUUAUAGUAAAGGUGACGUUUUAGCUGAUUGAUGCUCGGAAUUCGUCCUCCGUAUCAAUUUCAGAGCGUUAGAACUUUUGGGUUGCUGUGAUUUUGGUGUUUCUGAAUGGCAAUCCAAUCCUACGAAUCCUACGACAUGUUGCUCAAGCAAUUCCUACUCCCGCACCCUUUUGUCCCAUACAUAUCCAUGCUUGUGGGUAUGUUCGCCUGCAAAUUGGUUUAUGAUCUCAACCACUUGCUAAGUGCUGCUUACUUUAAGAGCUAUUCCAACCUUUCAAAGAUGCAACGCAUUGAGUGGAAUAAUCGGGCAAUCUCAACUGUCCAUGCCCUUUUUAUCACAGCUAUGUCAUUGUACUUGGUGUUUUGGUCAGAUCUUUAUUCUGACCAACAGUUCAAAGCUUUUGUUACGUUGCAGAGCUCCCCGCUGUCUACAUUUGCCUUGGGGGUCUCAGUUGGGUACUUUUUAACUGACCUUGGGAUGAUCUUUUGGUUUUACCCUGCUCUUGGUGGACUGGAGUAUGUGGUUCAUCAUCUUCUUUCUUUAGCAUCAGUAGCAUAUGCUAUGAUGACUGGGGAGGGACAGCUUUAUACCUACAUGGUUCUUAUCUCUGAAACAACCACUCCUGGUAUCAACUUGAGAUGGUAUCUUGUCACGACUGGAAUGAAGGGGUCUAGAACAUAUUUGAUUAAUGGGGUUGUAAUUUUCAUUGCUUGGUUGGUUGCCAGAAUACUCCUGUUCAUGUAUCUGUUCUACCAUCUGUACUUGCACUAUCAACAGGUUAAGCAAAUGCACAUCAUUGGGAAAUUUUUAGCUUUCGGAGUGCCACCAAUCCUAGCGGUCAUGAAUGUGAUGUGGUUUGGCAAGAUUUUCAAGGGAUUGAAGAAGACAUUAGCAAAGAGUCAGUGAAAGAUUCUAUUGAUGGGUGACAUUGGCUUAAGAAGUGACUGAAGAUCUACACCUAUCUGUGGUUAUC